CUAUUAUCAAGACACCCACCUUUACCAAACGUGCUUCCCUCGUGUGCUUCUUUGUACCAUUCCACCGGUAUCAAUUGGAGAUUUUCAAGUGUACAACUUCAAAAACUUGUGGGGAUUGAGUCUUAUGGCAGGCCUAGAAAUUACGCUAUCUGAUUAUUUCCUCCAUUGCCCUGCCCUUCUUGCCGAUACUGAAAGCCAACUCGACAAUCUUUGUUUCGUUAGCAUAGGCCCUGACAGGUAUCUCCUCUGUUGGAGGUUUCCAGGCUCUAUUCAGCCUCCGGCAUAUUUUAAGAUGGCAUUUGCGGUUGAUUGCAAGAUCUCGUCAAGACAGUGCUAUUUAACUACUCAAGGAGACAACAGCAUGUUUGAAGGUUAUCCAGACAUACACAGCACUGUUGCAUCUUGCUGGCUUGAACCGAUGGAAGAUCAGUGUGGGCUUAGAGCGUGGCAGUGUCUUUUGCACUGUCUUCACGAGGUUUCACUGAGUCUCGGUGAGGGGACAUGUACCUCUGAGCUGAUCUCAAGGCCUAUUGCAAUUGGAGCUGAUGAAACAGAACUGAUACAAGUCUCGUCGAGACUCUAUGAUGAUAAUGGUCAUUCCCUCGCAAAUGAGUUCCCAAUAUUCAAUUCAUGUGGGGACCAAAGGCCACCAGAAACGUUUGAUGACAUCCCGAUUGGCCUGCCUGUCAAGGUGUGUUUCACACUACUACAUGGUCCAGGUAUACAUGGAAACCGACUUAUUCGAGGACAUUUCCUGUCUAUUCGUGAGGCUCGAUACAGUCGGUUGCGCACUCUUCUGCAAAAUGCAGUUUCAUGAUGACUAUUCUUACUUAUUUAUUUCUAGUAUAGCCUAGUCACUCUGUAUUUUAUAUUACCUGAUCUACAUAUAUUUCACUGUGAUGUUUAGAAGGUCGCCGAAGUGUUUGAGUAAUAGUGUACUAGCACUCCUAUUCUCCAGUUUUGUCAACAACGGACUACAGCCCAACUACCUUGACUGCUGGUGAACGUGUAAAGUUUGAGAUUGAAAUGAAGGUGAAACGACGUGUCAGAGCAUGGGAAGGUAGUCGUUCAACCCCAGCCAGUGAAUUUCAAACGGCCCAGUACGAAUGGGAGGCCCAUGUGGUCGAGUAUGUGGACUUUGUCAGUUCAGCAACCUUUUUAUGGCCCUCGAUUUACACCUCCAACAUUUUUGCAAAUGAAGGAGAUAACCAUUGUCCACCCUUUCUAUUUUGACGGCCUUGAUCAAUGUCCGAGGUGUCAGUCUCUGGAUGUGAAGUGGGGAGGAUGGACUUCCACAGGACAUCAAGAUGUUCAUGGCAUCCAAAGAGAAGAGUACGCACUAGGAGUCCAGUUGCGAUGCAAGGCCUGCAAAGAGAAUAAUAAGCAACGUGGUGAUCCUAAAAGUGGAGAAGAUAUGUACUGCUUUGCGACCACAAGUCAUCUAUUCUGGGAGAAGUGGGAAUUUUGGAAGAUCCCUCGUUAGAAAUGUGCCAGUCUUCUUCAAAAGAUGCGGUAUGACACGCGAUCUGUUUGAUCUGAUCAUUGAGUUGCGACCUUUAACCACAUUGGCUGGACUGGCAGAAAAU